AUGUCACAGAGAGAUCCCCAACUGGAGUAUUAUCAAGAGAGAUUCAUGCAUGAUCAAGUUGAAAAGGAGGAGAUUAGGAAGACUUUGCGAAUGCUGGUAGAGGAGAACAGGCAGUUGAAGAAUAGACUAGAAGGUUUAGAGACCAGAAGUCGAGAAGAAGAAGAUCAGAAAUUUUCCACUCCAGAGGAAGAGUGGAAGUCGUCGCAAAGAAUGAAGCAGGUUGCCAGUGACUUGGAGGAGGCUGCCAAGAAGAAGGAGGCUGCUGAGACCCCCAAGGAGACACACAAACCCCAAGCAAGAACAAAGGAGGCCGCAGAACCCCCAGAGGAGGCUGCAGACCCCCCAAAGCAAGCAGAGGACACCCCAAGAGGAGAGGCAAAUGAGGCAGGACAGCAGCACUCAGAAAAGCCGAAGGGGCGAGAGGGCACAUCAAGCCGAGAAGAGUCUUUCACAGAAAAGACCAUGCAGUUUAUGAUGACGAUGAUGGAGACCAUGAAAGAGAUGCAAGGGAAAGUCAAUGAUGGCAAAGAGGAGACAGGGAUGAUCAGGGGCGUGGAGGUGGUUCGCAGUGGAGUUCAAGACCUUCCUGCGUUGCCUCCAUGGACUCCCAAUCUCGGACCCCUCCAACUAGGAGACUGGAUGCUCCUGGUUCAGCCGGUGAUAGCGGAUCUUUCCCUGUCAUCUGAGGAAUGGUGGUCAAAGAUGACCAAUCAAUCAGAGUCGUGGUAUCAGCAUCAUCUUUCGCUGGGACCACUGGAUCGACUUCAACACCUACCAGAUCCACCGAAGAUGCUGCAGGAAGAGAGAUGGCAAAGAUUGGAGCGCAGAGUGUCAACAAUGAUACUCCAGGCAUUGCCAGAAGCAGUGCGAGAGGAGCUGGUCUCAGCAAGGCGAUUGUCGGUGUUUGGUAUACUGACACAUCUCCUACUGACAUAUUGUCCAGGAGGAGUGCAAGAAAAACAGACUCUCCUCCGCAAUCUUGAAGACCCUAGCGAAAUACAGAGCAUGGCAGAAGCACCAGCAGCAUUGCGGAGGUGGAUGAGGUGGAGGAAACGCACACAAGAAAUCGGAGCAGUCUCUCCGGACCCAACAAUCUUGCUGAAAGGAUUGAACAAGAUGACGAAGAAGCUACUUGAAGGACAUAGAGAAUUACAAUUUCGCAUCUCCUUGAUCAGGUCAAGCCUUCUGGUCGACACGGCCCCCUCAGAGGUGAACAUAGGCCAAUUGGCCACCCACAUCCUUUCUGAGGUUGAUCAACUAGCACACAUCGACAAGAAGGGAGCACAAGCAGGCCAAAAAGGAGAUCAGGCAAAGAUCAAGACAAUGGAAGUAGAUGAAGGAGACAAAGGAAAAGGAAAGGGCAAGGAGGCCCAAGAAGAAGCAAAAGGAAAGGCUCGAUGUAAGUUUUAUUUGAGCGAAGCCGGAUGUAGAAGAGGCAAGGAGUGCAGCUGGCCACAUGAAGGUAGUGAUGGGAAGCGCCGAUGCUACAUCUGUGGCUCCACAGAGCACCUCGCCCCAAGCUGCACCCGACCUCGAGUUCCCAACGAUGGAAGCCCAAGAAAGCAGAAGAGUGCCAAAGCCGAGGGGGAGGAGCCAAGUCCCCAAUUGAAGGAAGAAUCUCCAAGCAAGCGAUCUCCAGCAGAGCAGUCAAUACGGGAUCGCAAGGGAUCUCCAGCAGAGCAGUCAAUGCGGGAUCACAAUGGAUCUCCAGCAGAGCAGUCAAUGCGGGAUCUCUUGGAGGAAGCCAACAAGAUGCUAAAGUCUCUCACCACGACGUCAAGUGCUUCUUCGGAAGCGUCAAAGGAAGAGGAUACAAAAGAGGAGAUCAUGCAAAGGCUACAGCAGCAGCUCAAUGCCAUCAAGCUCAAGAAGUUCCAGUUGAAGAGGAUGUCAAGAGGAUGGAAGAUGGGCCUCAUUGACUCUGGGGCCACACAUCCCCUCAGGCCUCCUCGACCAAAUGAAGACGUGGGGAGCUACCGCAAGGUGACAGUUUCCUUAGCGGACGGAACAGAAGCAAAGCUCCCAAUGACAUCAUCAGGUGUCAUGAUUGGCUUGGAUGAUGAUGUGGAGCCUAUCGUCCCUAUGGGACUCCUCACAGGGAAGCUAGGAUGUGAGAUCACAUGGCGGGGCACCGAGGUUCAAUUGAGUCACCCCAAGAAGGGCAACAUCAAGGUUCACCACAUCAACGGAUGUCCCCAGAUUUCCAGAAGGGAUGCCUUAGACCUGAUCCAAGAGCUCGAAGAAAAAGGAGCUGAGAUCGGAUCAACGGCCGCUGACUUCCAAGAAGAAUGGAGGUGGAUGCUGAAGCUCAUCGACCAGCAUCCGAUCUUCUCUGGGCUACCCCAAUGGCUGAAGCAGGAGUUGCCAGUGGAGCCAGGAGAAUGGUCAGACCUCCCUACAAACAGGAGACAAAGGAAGAAGAUGAAGAGAGAUGGGUUCAUUGCCCACAUCUAUGCAGGCCCAAAAGAAGGGUUCACGCUCCAACAAGCCUGGAAGCAAAUUGGAGGAAGAGAGGAUGCCCUGCUUGAGAUUGACAUCUGUCGUGGGGCGGGUCACGACAUGUUGAGGAGUCGUGGUCCAUAUAGUGGCCUGAUAAGAGCAGCCCUGGAGGGUAAGUUGAACGCCAUCGUGUCCGCACCCAAUUGCAGAACCAGAAGCAUUCUGCGACACAUCCCAAUCCCUGGAGAUGCAUCAGCACCAAGGCCAAUAAGACGUUGGGGAGGAGAGGAAUAUGGCAUCAAGGACAUCACUGAAGCAGAGAAGAAGAUGCUCCAGGCCGACGACAUCUUGAUGUGGAGGGUGAUUUUCCUCUACGUCGUUGCCUCCUCAAUGGCAAAGGCAAGAAGAUUGCCGGAGGUUUUGUUCACAAUGGAACAGCCAGCAUCUCCAAGGGCAUACAACUCUGAUGUGGUGAGUUGGUGGCAGAUAGCAUCUCCAAGGGCAUACAACUCUGAUGUGGUGAGUUGGUGGGAUACGAAGGAAUGGAAAAAGGUGAAGGAAGCCUUCAGAUUUCAAGAAGAAACUCUGGAACAAGGCAGAAUGGGAGGACCCACCACAAAGCCAACAACGUUUGGAGGCUCUCUGAAGUUGCCCAGUGAAGAUUUUAUGGAGAGGAGAAAGGGAGGAAUGGUGAAGAUCCAAAACUCCAAAGAACUCUCUCGCUGGGCACCCGGAGUCAUGAACAUGGUGGCGAGUGCCCUGAUGACCCAAGUCCACAAGACGGACAUCAAGAUGAAGGAGGUUACAUGGGCUGAACACAUUGCCUUCAACCAUGUCCCAUUUAGAAGGGACUGUCGGGUCUGCCAGGAGUCAGCCCAACAGUGCAGCCCACACAAGAAGGUGAAAUACCCACAGGCAGGUGUGCUCUCGUUGGACACGGCGGGUCCAAUGAUCCCAGCAUACGAUCAAGGAGGAUACCAGGCAAGAUACUUCUUGGUUGGCGUGUUGACCUGGCGAGUUCCCAGGGGCACCACCAAGUUGGAUCAGCCGGAAGAUGAAGCUAUGGCAGGAGAUGAGCCAAAGAUUGAAGAUAAAGAAGACCAGGAAGCACCAGCCUUAGAAGAUCAGGAAGAAGGAGAUAGAGCAGAAGAAGAAGAUGAGGUUCCUGUGCCCCCCGGUGAGGACGGAUCGGACCAAAGGGGUCUGGCCCAGCUCCCGGAGGAAGCUGAGGAUGGCGCACGGAACCUCAUAGAAGAGACAGAGAUGAAGACAUUUCGGCUGGCACUUCCAAUGGUCACCAAAACAUCAAGAGAGGUGACAGCCACAACGAUGGAAAUGUGGCUAGAGCUCAAGGCUGAUGGGUAUCAUGUGGGCCACAUACACAGUGACAGGGGCCACGAGUUUCAAGGCCAUUUCAAGCAGUGGGCCAGGGUCAGAGGCAUCCAUCUCACAAGAACAUCUGGGGAUGAUCCAAGAGGAAAUGGUAGGGCGGAAGUCUGUGUGAAGGCCAUCAAAGAUCAGGUCAGAAGGACCCUACGACAAGCAGGUCGAGACUCCUCUAUGUGGCCAUGGGCACUCCGGUAUGUGAAUGAGAUCAACCGAUGUGUCCGACUUGGCGUUAAGCCAUGGUGGCCCAGGUUCCUACAAGAGGUCAGAGUCAGGAAAAGAACAUGGAGAAAGAAAGAUUUUGAAGUGGGCUGGGAAAAGGUCUUAUACCUUCUUCCAUCAGCGGAAGACCAUGGUCACUGGGUGAUGAAGGAAGGUGAAGUGCCACGAGUCACCAAGUGCAUCAUGAGGCCAACUUUGGAGCCUGAGGACGAACAGACCUGGAUCGCCCUCGAGAAUGAUGCGGAGGAUGCAUGGACAGUGCGAAGAAGGCUGAGAGAGAAGUCAGCCGUGAGAAGAAUGGAUGUCAGCAUGCGGCCCCAACCGGAUGAAGAGGAAGAAGAGGAGAAGCACAAGCAGCAAAAAGAAAGGAUCCAGCAGAUCCUAAAAGAAGAAGCACAGCACCUUAUUGAAGACGAUCCAGAGAUCGCAAACGAUGAGAUCAAGAUCAUCCACAAGCUCAAGAAGAUGAUGCAGAAUCCCUCAGGCCAAGAAGAGGUUCUGCAAACGAAGAUCAUUUCCCCAAAGGAAGUGGCAAGAGAUUGGGAGAAAUGGUUAGAAGCUGUGGAUGCUGAGGUCAACUCACUGACGCGAGAGAAGGAAGCACUGAAGAAGCUGACCCCAGAAGAACAUCAAGAGAUCAAAAGAAAGGCAGAAGAGGAAGGUCGAAAAAUAGAAUACCUUCCCACCAAGGUUGUCUUCACCGUGAAGCCCAUCCCUGGAGCAUUCAAACGCAAAGUGAGGUGGGUCGUGUGUGGAAACCUGGAACCAAAGAAGGAAGGUGAACAGACAUACAGCGGAGGAGCAGACGCCACAGCACUCAGAGUGCUCAUUUGGGCAUCUGCGAAAUACGGAUGGAAGGGAUGCAGUUUAUGGCUUCAGAAGAUCACCCCGUCUUUGGGGUAA